CACUAUACAUAAAGGUUUGAGGUAUUUUUUGUUUAUGUGUAAAUGUUAUGUAUACUUCAAAUUCCUGAGUACACUUUGUAUGUAUAAGAUUUUCAUAUGUUAAUGGAGUGUGUGUGUUUGUUUGUGCAUGGAAUUACAUACAUACAUUACAUACAUAGUCAUGAAGCCUUGUGUGUGUGUGUGUGUGUGUGUGUGUGUGUGUGUGUGUGUGUGUGUGUGUGUGUGUGUGUGUGUGUGUGUAUACUGUGUGCACAUAAGCUAUACAUUAACACACAGAGGCUAUAUGUCAAACUGUAAUCAAGGCCUGUUGCCAGCUUAGUCCGUGACACCAACUCCGGCUGUACAGGCAUGUAGCACACCUCCCAGACAUCAGACAUGUCCACAGGGUUGUGUACAAGGCAACCCUGGGUGGAGGAGGUCAAGGGGACGCCCACGUGACUGGGGAUGGAUGGGGAGCUGGCUGGGGGCUUGUUUCCUCCGGGGCUGUCGGGGGUGGAGGUGGGAAGUGACGUGCUCCUGGUGUUUGCUGCUCAUUAGUUAGUUAGUUGGGAGUCUUGUUUAUCUUCUCAUCUGUUUUCAGACCGGCCAGCAUGACUUUCAAGGGACUGGCCCUCGUGAGUCCUUGUGUUCAGUCCGGCCAGUUUGUGAGGCAGCAAGCAGGGGGGACCCUUCCUUCCUGCACUCCCAGGGGACAGUCUGGUCCAGCCCCUCACUCCUGCCACAGUGGCGGGGACUUCAUCUCUGUCUGGAGGAGCCGUUGGGUCAGACAUUUGAUGCUGCCACAGUCACAGGGCCUGCCGGACCCUCACUGGAGUGGGUCAGGGAUUUACGAAUUCGCCAUCCACUGCCUUGCCAUGCAGUGGACGGAGGAGUUCAAGCUUUGCCUGGAAGUCACCAGCCAGCACGCCACAAGCCAACCCAAUCAUGACCUCGACCCAGCUUACCCCAACGACGACACUUUCGACCUUGACCUCUUCUACGAGUACAUCUACAGCGAUGACCUUGACCCCUGCACGCCAGACUGCCUCGGCCGACCCCCAGGCAGCCUCACACCUGACCCUCGGAACUGUCAUCGGUACUACACCUGUUUGGCGGAUGACCUCGUUAGCGAUUUCGUUUCAACCUGUCCGGAUGACUAUAAGUUCGACGCGGUGACCCUGACCUGCUCGCCUGACUUCGGGAACGUGACCUGUGGGACCUGCGAACCUGCCUGUGCCUUUGACUGCCCUACCGGGGAUAUCACGUUCAUUGCAAGUCGAUUCAAUUGCUCUGAGUACGUUCUCUGUGGCAUGGGGGAACAGGACCCGAUACAAUGUUCCCCCGAGACGCCAUUCUUCGAUGGGGCACAGUGCCAGGGUGAUGAAGACCUCUGCUGUGAGUCUUGUCAAGUUUUCUGCUGGUCGGCUUUCACGGAGGUUGCUGAUCCCGAAGACUGCGAGUGGUUCUAUUACUGCUCGGAGGAUAACUAUUUCCCUGGGGAGAGUGACCGGUAUAAAUGUCCUGAGGGGGAGCUGUUCCAUAAGGGCGGGUGUGUGCUGGAUGAUGGGUCCGUGGCAUGCGAGGAGCCUUGUAUGUGAACGGUUAAGAUUUGCAGUUCAGUAAAGUCACAAAAUUGGAUGAAAUGGA